AUGUUUCCGAUUCCAAUUCUUCUCAUAUUUCUUCAUUUUCAAAGCUCACAGUGGGUUUAUUUGAAAAUUUAAUGUGAAUUUCGAAAAAAAUGCAGCCAAAGGUUGCUCCUUUCAAAAUUCACUUCAAAUUCCACUGAGUUUCAGGGCUCAUGUCAUAAGAUUUUCGCCAAUUCGAAAUGACACUUUGAUCUUCGAAAUUGAUGUCUUCUGUGCUUAUCCGAAUUCUGAUUUUCAAAUGGAAAUAAAGGAAAUCGAUUUAUUGUGAGCACGGAAGCGGAAAAAUCUGCAAACCUCAUUCCAAUUUUUCAGCACACCGAAUGAUGAAAUAAUUCCAAUAUUCUCAAAAGUUUUGACGAAAGUUCAACACAUUUUAGUCUGAAAGUAUAUCAAAAAGGUGAUGAAAAAGGAUCAUCAGGAUAUGAGUGGAUUGCUCAUAUUAGUCAUAAUUGUAAUUCGAAGGCUGAAAUUAAAACAUUGGAAGUUUAUGAUAGAGAUUAUAUUGUUCCAAUUCCACUCAAACAAGAUACUAAAAUUAGUUUUUUGAUUGAUUUGACAAAUUAUGAUUAUUUUCAUUUGUGGCCGAUUGUUCAUAUUGACAAAAUUUGA